AUGACCGUGCAGCGCCCGUCGUGGCCGCCGCUGUACUUCCCGCACUUCCACGGCACGGAGCCGGUGCCGCGGCCGGCGGGCGGCGCCUGGGCCCCGCUGGCCGCCCUGUGCUGGCCGUGGCAGCCGCUGCCGGCCGCGGCCGGGCCGCCCCGCUACGCCGCGCUGCCCGCGCCCGUGGUGCCGGAGCCGCCGCGCCUCUGCUGCCCGCCCGCAGCGCCGCGGGCCGGGGAGGCGGCGCGGCGGCCCCCGGAGCUGGCGCAGCUGCAGCUGCAGGAGGAGAUGUGCGAGCUGGGCAUCCGCCUCAAGGAGCUGGAGCUGGCGGCGCUCAUCGGCGACGGCUUCGAUGCCAGGCAGUAUAAAAUCCUGAAGGCACUGGAAGAAAAGAAGAUACAAAGCAUGAAAGCAAUGCAGAACAUGAAGUAA